AUGUCUGCCGACUUCUGGGCCGGCUACAUAUCCGGCGCCGUCGGCAUAGUCAUAGGCAACCCCCUCGACAUCCUCAAGGUGCGCCUGCAGGCCUCGAGCAGCGGCGCAGGAAGCCCACAUGCACCCUCACCAGCAUCAGCAUCGCCCGGUCUCCCGGCCCAGCCAUCUCCAUCUCCAUCGCCAUCGCCAUCGCCAUCGCCAUCGCCAUCCGCCUCAGCCCUCAGCCUCCUGCGCAAAUUCUCAACGGGCACCGCGGCGCCGAUCCUCGGCUACGGCGCCCUCAACGCCCUCCUCUUCGUCUCCUACAACCGCUCAGAAGACCUCCUGAACCGGGCCCUCACACCACACAACCCUUCGUCUUUAUCAUCAUCAUCACCAUCGCCACCACCCACGACCGGCUCCAACCUCUGGACCACCUUCCUCGCGGGCGCCAUCGGCGGCCUCGCCACCUGGGUCGUGUCCACGCCCACGGAGCUGAUCAAGUGCCGCGCCCAGCUGAGCGCCGGCCCGCACGCCUCGAGCUGGGCCAUCACCAGGCGCGUGCUGCGGGCCGAUGGCGGCGUGCGGGGCCUCUACCUCGGCGGCACCGUGACCGCGCUGCGGGACAGCGUCGGCUACGGCUUCUACUUCUGGAGCUACGAGCUGGCCACGCGGUGGGCGGCGCGGUGGUCCCGGGAGACCGGUGGCGGCGGCGAGACAGCCAGGGCGCUCCUGUGCGGCGGGCUCGCAGGCAUCGUCACGUGGGCCAGCAUCUUCCCGCUGGACGUGAUCAAGACGCGGGUCCAGGCGCAGGCCCUCGCCCCGCCGGGCACCAUCGCCGUCGUCACGGGGGAGACCGGCCCCCUGCUCCGGGGCCCGGCCCCGGCGAGGCUCGGCGCCGUCGAGGUGGCGCGGGUUGCGUACAGGGAGGGCGGGCUGAGGGUCUUCUUCAGGGGUCUGGCCGUCUGCAGCGUGCGGGCCUUCAUCGUCAACGCGGUCCAGUGGGCCGCCUACGAGUGGAUCAUGAUGGAGCUCGGCCAGGGACGGAGGAGGCCUGAGGCCAUCCCUGCUUAA